ACUUUUGCUGCCAGUCAAAACGUUGAAAGGUUGACACAGUGGAUCUCGAGGCUGCGUCGAUCAUGGGCGGAAAGAGUCGCGCUGCACUGCGUCGUGAGAAGAAGAGGAAGCAAAAGGGACCACCAACUACAUCUGGAGGUGCUGUAGCCACAGUUUCAGCCUCUGACAAGGCCCGGAAGCGUCAGCAGACGACUAUCUACGACAGCGACUCGGACUCGUCCGAUGACAACAACCGUGCCGCUGCCAUCCCGCUGCCAUCGCUGGAGGAUGGAGACAAGGUGCGCGACUUUGCACAAGAACUAGAGACUCAACGUAAACCUAGGGGCAAGCGUGCGCGUGCUGAGGCCGAACAGCACGCAGUGGAUCAGCGCAAAAAGAAAUUUCGUGAAGAAAAGGCUGAGAAGAUCGUGUGGCGCAAAUUCGACAGAGAAAACCAAGCCUUUGAGAAAUUUUACGAGCGCUGUUUGGGACUGGAGAAGGACGAGUUUGCACGUUUCUUGGCUUGCUUAAGGGAGCCGUUGCCCGUGCAUCUGCGAGUCAAUGGCAACUACACAAGUCUGAGCGAGAUUGUGACGGGAUCGUUGGAACUGGAUUUCGAUCUGAAGGAAGUUACUGUACCCACACCAGUGGGAGGCGGUGAGAUGCACGUACAGUUUGGACCGGAGUCGUGGGUUCCUGAGAAGAGACUGUGGAAGCUGUCGGUGGACAGUAAGAUGUUCCGCAAGGUGAAAGGUCUCCGAUCUCUCAGUACAUAUGUUCGCGCGCAAGGAUCGCUAGGAACGCUGCUUCGGCAGGACCCGGCUGCAACGGUGCUCCCUGCGUUCUUAGAUGCUCAACCUGGUCAGCGUGUGCUGGAUCUUAGUGGUGGUGGCGAGCACCGCGCGCCCAUCGUAGAAGAGUAUCUGAGUCCUGGUUCUCCUGCCAGCGCUGGCAUUGAAACCAGCUCCAGUGCCAAGAAUCUACUGGUCGUGAAUGAACGUGACGCUACGGCGGCGGCUUCGGCUGUGCGAAACCUGACGCGGACGCUGCCUCUUGCUCGCGACCUCGUCGUGACUGCGCACAAGCCGGAGGAGUUCCCUUCUCCGGGGGCUGCUGAUGAUCUGUUUGACCGAGUAAUUUGUUGUGCUCCGUGCUCUGGAGAUGGUUUAAUCCGCAAACUUCCCGAAAAGUGGCGUACGUGGAGUCCUGAGCAGGCGUUGGUGCACCACCCAAGCCAACUUGGUCUGGCUGAACACGCUGUGACGCUGUUGCGUACUGGCGGUUCUCUACUGUACAGCACGCGGUCGUUGAACCCGAUUGAGAACGAGGCUGUAGUUGCUGAGUUGCUUCGGCGCUCGAAUGGCGCGUUGGAACUAGUAGAGACCGACGCUACUUUGCUAGGACUGGAACGCUCACACGGCUUAACCCAGUGGGAUGUUCUGGACUUGGCGUCAUGGGAUGAUGCGCCGGAAGACCAGAGGCAUCGUCUCCGUCCGUCCAUGUGGCCACCUUCAAGCGACGAACGGGACGAGAUGCAUCUAGAGCGCUGUGUCCGUGUGUUACCGCAUCAGAAUGAUACUCACGGCUUGUUUCUCGCAGUCAUUCGUAAGGUCCGCGAGCCCAACAUUGCUGUUGUAGCUGCGGGACCUGCACUGCCCCAGUCCAAGACCAAGCCUAAGUCAACUGCAUCUAAGAACAAAAAGCAGGCGAAGGCUGAAAAGCCUUUCGGCAGCUUUACACCCAUCGACAAGGACCACUUGUCAUCAAUUCAGUCCUUCUUCGCUCUCCGCAGUAACUCAUCGUUCUUGGAGCGAGCAGGAAUGGCUCGCCAGAAGCGUGCAGUGCACGUGGUUACCCCUGCGGUAGCAGAACUGGUGACUAGUCAGCUCCGUGGACGGCUGAGUAUCUAUCACGCUGGCGUAUUCGCGCUCCGACCGGGUACUGGGAUCGAGGCUGUUGCCGACGAGCUUACAGACGACGGCGCUCGGGCGUUGCUUCCUGAGAUGAAUAAGCGCGUAUUGAGCUUGCCCCAAGAUGAGUUUACGUCGUUCCUGGAGUCUCGCGAGAUGUGGUUGAAGAAUGCAGGGGAACACGCUCGUGAGCAGCUAGCGGACAUGGCGGAAGGUAGCCUUGCGGUGGCAUUAGACGACAUGGAACCUGCUCAGACUGGUGACCGAGACAUCGUGCUGGUUGCUGUCAAGCGACACAAUUCCUGCUCGAUCGUGUCGUCUCCUGCAGCGAUUGCAAGGAUUAAGGCGCUGCUAGAGGAGCUUAACGAUACAGGAGACGAUGGAGACGAUGGCUAUGACUCGUUCGAGUUCGAAGACGAAUAGAGGACUGGAAACAACAAUGAAUGAUCAGAGUUUUUCAGUAUGUGUAUCUACUUGGCUUCAACAUGCUUUGAAAUGUACUCCAGC